GGGGCGGGCUUAGGACACUUGGGGGCGGGGUUAGCAUCGCCCCGGGCGCCCAGAUGGUCUGUGGGCGCCACCGAGUCCCUGGUUCCGGCCGGGACGCACCGCCGAGGCCUAGGGGCGAGUGGAAGGGGACGCGGACAGUCCAGCGCCAGAGGGACCCCCCAAAGACGCACGGCACCGAAGCCCCUCGGAGCGCAUCCCCAGCCUCUUCUUGAAAGUCAAUCCAUCUUCCCCUAGCUCUCGAGCGCCCCGGGACCCCGGGGACUGCCGAGCUGGGGGGGCGCUCGAGCUGCGAGGAUCCGGGCUGCCCGCCGGAAGAGGAGCGGGCGCCCAGGAUGGGGUGCGUGAAGUCCAAGUUCCUCCGGAAUGGAGGCAAGGUCUCAAAAACCGAGUCCAACACCAACCCACACAACCCCGUGUAUGUGCCGGAUCCCACGUCCUCGGGCAAGCGGUGGCCUGACAGUAGCAAUGGCAACCCGCCAGGGUCCACAGAGGGUUCUGAGGAUAUCAUUGUGGUUGCCCUGUAUGAUUAUGAUGCCAUUCACCAUGAAGACCUCAGUUUCCAAAAGGGGGACCAGAUGGUGGUCCUGGAGGAGUCUGGGGAGUGGUGGAGAGCGCGAUCUCUGGCCACCCGGAAAGAGGGCUACAUCCCAAGCAACUAUGUCGCCCGUGUCAACUCUCUGGAGACAGAGGAGUGGUUCUUCAAGGGCAUCAGCCGAAAAGAUGCAGAGCGCCAGCUCCUGGCCCCUGGCAACGUGCUGGGCUCCUUCAUGAUCCGGGACAGCGAGACCACCAAAGGGAGCUACUCUUUGUCCGUGCGAGACUACGACCCACAGCACAGGGACACGGUGAAACAUUACAAGAUCCGCACGCUGGACAAUGGGGGUUUCUACAUCUCACCCCGGAGCACCUUCGGCAGCCUGCAGGAACUGGUGGCCCACUAUAAGAAGGGGAGCGACGGACUCUGCCAGAAGCUGACAGUGCCCUGCAUGUCCUCCAAGCCCCAGAAACCUUGGGAGAAAGACGCCUGGGAGAUCCCCCGGGAGUCCCUCAAGAUGGAGAAGAAACUUGGAGCUGGGCAGUUUGGGGAAGUCUGGAUGGCCACCUACAACAAGCACACCAAGGUGGCCGUGAAGACGAUGAAGCCCGGGAGCAUGUCCGUGGAGUCCUUCCUGGCAGAAGCCAACCUGAUGAAGACUCUGCAGCAUGACAAGCUGGUGAAGCUGCACGCUGUGGUCACAGAGGAGCCCAUCUACAUCAUCACGGAGUUCAUGGCCAAAGGCAGCCUGCUGGACUUCCUGAAAAGUGAAGAAGGUAGCAGGCAGCCACUGCCCAAACUCAUCGACUUCUCAGCCCAGAUCGCAGAAGGCAUGGCCUUCAUUGAGCGGAGGAACUACAUCCACCGAGACCUUCGGGCCGCCAACAUCUUGGUGUCUGCGUCCCUGGUGUGCAAGAUCGCCGACUUCGGCUUGGCGCGGGUCAUCGAGGACAACGAAUACACGGCGCGGGAAGGGGCCAAGUUCCCCAUCAAGUGGACAGCUCCUGAAGCCAUCAACUUUGGCUCCUUCACCAUCAAGUCAGACGUCUGGUCCUUCGGUGUCCUGCUGAUGGAGAUCGUCACCUAUGGCCGGAUCCCUUACCCAGGGAUGUCAAACCCAGAGGUGAUCCGUGCACUGGAGCGUGGGUACCGGAUGCCUCGACCAGACAACUGCCCGGAAGAGCUCUACAACAUCAUGACUCGCUGCUGGAAGAACCGACCCGAGGAACGGCCCACCUUUGAAUACAUCCAGAGUGUGCUGGAUGACUUCUACACAGCCACCGAGAGCCAGUACCAACAGCAGCCGUGAUGGGGGCGGCCAGGCGGGGCCAGGCGUUGAGGCCAUGCCUGCGUGGUGGCUCCCGGUGCCCGCUCACCCUUCCUAUUCUCAGACACCCACCCUCCCUCCAGCCAUAAUUCCUCAUCUGCCAAAUGGGUGGGUCGGACUGGACACUCUCUUUUUGACUCUGGCGAUCCACAAUCUGCGAUUCUCAGGACACCUCCAGUUGACAUUUCUAUUGCCUGGGACAGCUGGAUUCUAGUUACUGCUGCGGUUUGGAUAGAAAACUUUAAAAAUGAUUAAAUAAAUAUUUAAAUAAAA